UAUAAGCAGAGUUAUUGUACAGUUGAUAUUUGGACAUGUACUGGACAUAUGUUGUAAUUUUAAAAAUUAACAAUUCUAUAUAGUUUCGUUAUUACAUACAUAUAUGGCUGAAUAUAUAUAUUUUAGAAUUCCUUUUUAGUAAAUUUAUCAUCAUGGUUAACGAAAGUGAAAUUUACGUAAAAUAUGUUCCCCAAAAAUAUGGAAUAAAAUCGACGAUUGCACAAUUAUUAGCAACAAUAUCCCAAAAUUCUCUAUUUGUUACAUUGGGCAUGCACAUAUCAAUAACAGUAGUAGUUAUCAAGGAUUUGCUUCACACAUCUAAUAACGAUUUUACAAUAUCCAUAACUGAGGCUUCAUGGUUUGGGAGCUUGAUGUACAUAAUAUACCCGAUCGGAUGUUUCUUGUCGGGGAUUCUACAAGAGAAGUAUGGGAAAAAACUGUGUAUGAUCAUUUCCAAUAUACCCAGCAUUAUUGGAUGGAUUUUAGUAUACUAUUCGCAUUCUUCGGCUUUAUUGUGCGUAGCAACACUUUUGAUGGGAUUCAGUUCCGGAUUCGGUGCGGGAUCGACAUCUUCGUAUAUCGGAGAAAUAUCAGAGCCCCGACUUAGGGGCAUACUGGGUUCUAUGGGAAGUACAGCCAUGUGGAUAGGAUCGUUGUCGUUGUACAUAUUGGAUUCCUUUUACAGCUGGAGGACUAUCGCUUUGUUGAGUUUAGCUUGGCCAAUAAUUUCUACGUGGCUGUUAGUUUUUAUUCCAGAGUCACCAGUGUGGUUGCUCGCUAAAGGGGAAAACGUGAAAGCCGAGAAGGCGAUGUGUUGGUUAAGGGGAUGGACGGAACCUAAAACCGUUGAACUGGAAUUUAUCGACCUAGUUCAUUACAAUAAAAUAACUGAAUCUCAAGACAGAAAUGUACACGGUGUUCAAACUAACGGUCCAAAAAGUUUAUAUGAACAAUUGGCCGAAUUGAAAGAUCCAUCAGUGUACAAACCGCUGAAAUUAAUGAUGAUUUAUUUCUUUGUAUCUUACCUAGUAAGCCUUUUCCCCGUUAGACCGUAUAUUACCUACAUGUUGGCUGAUGUGAAUCUGUCUCAACACCAAAAUGUAUUCAUGAUUAUUUUAUCUACUUUGGCUAUUUUUGGAUGUAUAAUAUCUUCGACAACCGUUCAUAAAGCAGGCAAAAGAUUCUUGACCUUAACGACAUUAACUAUAAACUCAGUUGCAUUGUGUUUUUUGGGUGUAUAUGUUAUUGCCGUGAAAAAAUAUUUAAUUAAUCCAUGCCCUUCGAUAUCUCUAACGAUGCUGAGUUGCAUUUACUUUUUCGGAUUUUGUGGAGUUUCUAGUGUACCUUUAAUGUUGCUGAUCGAGGUUUUUCCAAACAAAAACCGAGGAUUCUGUACUGGUGUCUGUACGGGAAUGUCGUACAUACUUUUAUUUAUAAUGAUAAAAUCAUAUGUGCCGAUUGAAACGUUUUUAUGUCUGGAAUACACUUUAAUUCUCUACGGAUGCAUUGGCUUUGUUGGAAUAGUUUAUUUCUAUCUAUACUUACCAGAAACAGAAAAUAAAACCCUAUUAGAAAUUGAAGAAUUUUUUGCAUCACAUUAAAAUUUUUAGAUACCAUAUUUGAGAGAAAAAUGAAUUUGUCAAAUAUUUUAUCGUUGUAUUGGCCUGUGAUAUAACAAUGGAAGUUAAAAUUAAUUUAUUUUUAGAUGUGUAAAUAAACUUAAAAUUAUAUA